AUGAGUGUGUUGACUGUGGCUGAGAUAGAUGAUCAAGAUUGGUCUAGUUACUACGCAGAUGACCUGCGAAACCUGCUGGCCCUCGAAUGGUGGCGUCCGUUGUCGGAAUUGAAAACGCCUUCAGAACUUCGGAAGUGUCAAUAUACCAGCGGCACUGCUUCUUCUGAAUUCCACCAACCCAUCACUUCAACACGAAGGUCAGAACUUGGUCUUCAAGACAAGAAAGAUGGGAAGAAAAUCAACAACCCACGUUCGCUAGUAAUUUCUUCAAACCUUGAGGCUUUGUUGGAACACGAAGAGCGCCUACGGGGGAACAUCGCACUCAGCACUCCCCCACCGCCAUACUCUUCAGAUGUUUCCUCUCCGACAAUCGCCUCGCUUCCACCACACACAUCUCCUGGGUUGCCUCCUCCUCCUCGAGGUCCUCGGAAAACGCGACCGCUAACAUUGGGUGUUGCCAAUCCAGGGAGUGCAUCCAUUCAGACCCCUUCACAUAGUUUGCCAGCUCGCGCGGUCGAUGAUAUCGCGCAGACCACUCGAAGCGACCUUCUUACCUCUUCCAUCACCGCCGUCGGUUCGCCGAGUUCGUCAACUUCCAACCCGUACAUCAAUCCUGCGCCAUCAAUGGAAGAUGUCUUGCAGGUAGAUGGCGACCAGUCGUCUACUGCUUCCUCACAACCCCCAUUAUCAACCGUCAAUGCUUUGCCAGAAACACAUGAAGGAGACCGGACGGACACUGUUUCACUGCCAAUGAACUUGGGAUUUCAAAUACUGCCCCGUGAUGAAACGCUAUCAGCAACGUUAACAUCGCCUUCUGAGCGGUUGGCCAUACCUCAACGGCCUCUUGCCCUUCCGCAAUCGCAAUCCAGGACCCUACCCUCGUCGCGUGCUGACAAAUUCCUUACGAUCGGCAAGAGCACAACGAACUUUUUUUCCAAUAAAAACGGUCAACCCUCGAAUAGCCAGCAUCUACCGCUUAGUGAUGCGCCAUUGACGCCAAAUCUUCGAGAUCCAGUAGAAAGUGAGGGUGAGGAGAUGGAUACCGAGGGUGCCAUUGGCAAUUCGCAAAAAACGAGGUCGGUGAAGAAUGCUUGGCAUGAUGGACCCUUACUUUCGCACGGAUCGGUUGCUAGCGAAAACACACAUGAACCCGGAACAUCUAUCAGCAGAGAGGAAGAUCCCCGCAUAAGCAUAUCCAGCACAAUUUAUCCUUCGUCGUCCUAUAACUCGCAUUCACAUUCUCUAUACAACUUUCACGGCACUCACGAACAACUCGCGGAUAUCCCCCCACUAGCAAAUCCAGAAUCCUUUAUCGAAAUCUUUACACCAUCUAAAGCUGAAUUUACAAUCCCUGACCAUAACAUGCUUUCUGCGCCAGAACGACUCUUCGACUCAAACUAUCAAUUUUCUAUCUCAAGCAAACCCCAUUUGGACCAGACUCAUUCACCUAUUCCCAUUCUCCCCAGAGCUCUUUUUAGGUCAAGCAGACCCGGCAAAUCUAGGCAGUCUUCCCCCAAAGGCUCCCCACCUGAACACUCAUUGCAUGGGGAUCCAAUUCUGCCGCCUACCACAAACUUUUUGGAUUUGGCUGAACGUACUGAUCUCAUCAAAAAGUCUCGUAAACUUGCCCGAGUUUUUGGGGAGACUCCAGGAGCGGAAGCCAUGGCACACCAAGAAGCUGGUCGGACUGCAUCAUCUACACGCAUGCCCCAGGCUCGACGUCGAUUCGACGAUCUGGACACACCCAGUUUGCGUCAGAGACGGAUGUCAGAACGUUCUCCCAUUGACCCUCAAUUCCUGACAUCUAGCGGCAGAAGGCAUUCUGCACCUCUUACCCCCGAUGACGUCUCUUUCCUGAGCAUCACCGCAAAGAAGAAUCGCAAUCUCUGCAGACCUGCAUCUCCCUCCAACCAGUCGCUGUUCGAGAACAUGACUCCGGAAGAACAAGCGGAGGAUGAAAGAAGGCGAAAGAGAGAAAGAUUGGCCAAGCUUCAUCGUUUUCUUGGAUCUCGAGUACCCACAGAUCUCGUCCUUGGCUUCUCUGAUCUAGACGCCUCCUUGCCGCCCACGCAGGCUGCGACGGAAUCCGCGAAGGUCGAGGAGGUUACUCGCAAAGCUUGGCUUAGGCGGAGGAGGAGCAGCUCGGUGGUAGCACUCCCUUCAACUUGGUCCGACGAUCUUGAUAGGGUGAAAGAAGAGCUCAACAACAGGGAGAAGGCUAUCAACGUGCGGCGAGCCCAAAAGAUGGAGAAAGUUUUUGGCAUUGCACCACCUCAAACUCUGUAUCAUACUCGUCAUUCUCCCUCUCCUUCCGUCCCAACGACGCCUAUUAUUCACAACGAAGCAUUCUUUGGACACUCGAUUCCUGAAGCAACGACGUCUCAACGAAAUAUCAACCGUUCUUCAUACACGAAAACAGCCAGAAAGAGCAGUCGACCAGGCACCUCUGAGUCAAGUAAGCGACUGUUGCCCAAAGGCCCAGGAUCAUCUGAAUACGAUGAUGUCACUCGCCAAUCUGAUAACUACCCCGGGUCGAACUCGCUGCUGUAUCAACAUUAUCAACACUCGUUACAGUCAUUGAACGACAUUUUAGACCAUGAUGACAGAGCGUCGCUCGUGGAGCUUCACCAGUACUUGAAUGGUGGCGAGUCUGUGGAAAUUACCCUCCAGGACCUCUCAAAGCCCACCGAACGCCGAAUCUCCAACGCAUCCAUUAAGUCCGAACGCCGCCGAUCACUGCCCGCCCGAACUUCCAUGAUCUCGCUUGCGUCUGAGUACAGUAUCACGUCACCCAAACCUGAAGUUACAGACUUUGAGCUGCGUCGGCGAAGAGCAGCAAAGUUGACCCAAUUUUUUGGAGUCGACUACCGAGAGCUCAUCAUGGACGUACUUGACAGCAUUGAAAAUAGUUUAGAGAACGAACGGAAGGGUGGGACAUUGCGCGCCGAGCAGUUAGAGGAUCUGCUCGAAAGGCUCAGGAACCUCAAGGUCAAACCUCACGGCUUUUGAUCUCAUUUGAUUUAGUAACGACUUACUCACCUUGCUCAUUCAUUAAAUUUAUGAAACUAUCAUGUUCUUCAACUGUAUCCUGUACACAUCUAUACCUCCACAUGUAUAAAGAUGACCAAUUUUCUACAAUAUAACUAGGUCCCCUUG